AUGGACUCACCCAAGUACGCCGCAUUCACCGUCCUGGAGACGACGUACAAAGUCGUCGACAACCACGCCAUCAAUGUCUACACGUUGAUCCCCAAGGCCCGGCAGUCGCCGUCGACUUCGCCUCGGCCAGUCAUGGUCAAGUUCCACGGCGGGUUCCUGAUCACCGGCACGGCGCUGUACCCGGACUGGUUUCCCGCGUGGCUGGUGGCGUACGCGCUGCGCCACGCCGCGGUGCUGGUGCUGCCCAACUACCGGCUCGCGCCCGAGGCGACGGGCCUCGAGAUCAUGGCCGACCUGCGCGACUUCUGGGCCUGGCUGAGGUCCGACUUCGAGACGUACCUCGCGGGCGCGGCGCCGGGCGUCCAGGUCGAUCUGGCCAGGGUGCUCUCCACGGGCGAGAGCGCCGGUGGGUAUCUCUCGGUGCAGAGCGCGCUGGGAGGGGAGGAGCAGGGCUCGAUGGUCCCCACCGCCGCCAUCGCCACGUACCCGAUGCUAGACAUGAGGUCGCGCUUCUACACCGAGGACUACCCCAAGGUCGUGCUGGGUGCGCCAACAAUCCCCAAGGAGGUCAUUGGCGAACACCUGCGCGCGGUCGAAGAGGACGCAAAGAGCGGGAAACGAAGAGUCAUCAGCUCCGCGACCCCGCCGAAUAGACUACCCCUGGCUCUCUCGGCGGUGCAGCAGGGUCUGUUUACCAAACUGCUGGGCGAGGACACGAUCUUGUUCCCACUCGAAAGAAUCGAGCACGUCAGCCCGGAGAAGGUGCCGCCCAUCCUAAUCAUCCACGGCCGCGACGACACCGGGGUCCCCGCGGAAGGGAGCGAGAAGUGGGUGGCAAGGGCGCGAGAAAGGUUUGGAUCCGAGAAAGUCGCCUUGGUGCUCCAACCCGGCGAGCAUGGAUUUGACACGGAUGAGAAGAUAACGCUUGAUACGCCGUGGCUCAAGGAUGCGUUGGCGCCGAUAACGGCGGCGUGGCUGAGGACCGACGAGUAG